CAGCUCUCUUCGGUAAGAUCUUUUCUUCACUUUUUUAAUAAACCAGAACUGAAAAAGCAUAAUGAUUUCAGUAUUUUCCUAUUCUAGUAAGACCGAAAGGUAAAAAUAUCCCGAUGCGUCACGGGUUUGUUUACAUUAGCAACGACCUUGAACUGACAUGUUGAUGCUAGUUCCAGUUAAAAAUAGUCUAUCAAUUUCACUUAUUUAAAAGACACGUUAUCAUGUUUAUUCUCGUAUAUUUCUGUUAUGCUACUUGAUUUUAAAAAGAAUGUUGACUUAUUAAAAAACGUACAUUGUUUUAUCUCAGAUUAAAUAUUUAUUGAAUAUUACACACUUAAAUAGCGAAGGGUCACUAGCACUUGCCUAGACACCUAGACAUGUAAAUGAACAUAUACGAUCAAGAUGUAAGUAAAACCAGCAUCUUUAGUUCUGAUACAAGAAGACUAUAAUAUUUUUAAUCCAUUGAAAUGAGUAUUUAUGAUCCCUUGUUUUCUUAUCUACAGCUUCGCAAAUGUGGUAGUCAAGUGGCCGGGGUCGACCCACGACUUGCUCAUGUGGAGCAACUGUAGCAUUGCCACUAAGGUGGUACAGCAGACACCGGAUGGGUGGCUCCUUGGUGAUUCUGGAUGUGCAUGUCGACCAUGGCUUCUAACACCCUUUACUGAGCCGCAGACACGCCCCCAAGAGAGGUACAACUCCGCCCACACUAAAACAAGAAACACCAUUGAGCGUGCGUUUGGUGUUUUAAAGGCAAGGUUUAGUUGUAAGGGGCGUUUCACUAUCAGGUUGUUCGGCUGCCUGCUCUGUUGAUGGCUGUCAUGUGGAGGGUACUAGGGCAAGCUCUGUAGCG